CUUCCAUCUAACGUCUUGAAUACUACUUGACUCACUCACCAGUAUCGUCCAUUGAAAAAUUGUUUUUCCACUUCUAUCUUAAUUCCAUCAAAUAUCUAGUCUCCAACCAUGGGUGAUUUGUUUCAGCCAGCUCCUCCCCCACCCACCGAGUUGGGUCGGUAUCAGAUCCUCUCAAAAACCGCUGGUAUCAGAGUCUCGCCACUAUGUCUCGGUGCCAUGUCUAUUGGCAGUGCAUGGAGUGGUUUCAUGGGAAGCAUGAAUAAGGAAGACUCAUUCAAGCUUUUGGAUGCCUUUGUCGAAGCUGGGGGCAACUUCAUCGACACUGCCAACAACUAUCAGAAUGAAGAGUCAGAAACAUGGAUUGGAGAAUGGAUGACGGAGCGAGGAAUCCGUGACCGCAUUGUGCUGGCAACUAAAUACACCACGCCAUAUCGAAGCCACAAGCUCGGAAAGGCUGAGACGGUCAACUAUGCCGGCAACCAUAAGAAGAGUCUCCGUCUAUCGGUGAGAGAUUCGUUGGCGAAAUUACAGACUGAUUACAUCGAUCUGCUGUAUCUUCAUUGGUGGGACCACACAACAUCGAUCGAAGAAGUCAUGGACUCGUUACACCAGCUAGUUAUGGACGGGAAGGUCCUCUACCUAGGUAUCUCUGAUACACCAGCCUGGAUCGUGUCUGCCGCCAACACAUACGCCGUAUCUCACGGCAAGACUCCAUUCUCCGUCUACCAAGGACGAUGGAACGUGAUUGUUCGAGAUCUAGAACGAGACAUUAUCCCUAUGGCCCGGCACUUUGGCAUGGCGAUUACACCAUGGGACGUUGUUGGAGGCGGUAAAUUCCAGACUAAGAAGCAGAUUGAAGCCAGAAAAGCACAGGGAGAAGGCCUACGUAGCUUCAUGGGCCCUAAUCAGACUCCCGAGGAGGAGAAGAUCUCUGAAGCAUUGGCCAAGGUCGCUGCCGAGCAUGGCAUUGAGAGUAUCACCGCCGUGGCCCUCGCCUAUGUCAUUCAAAAGACUCCCCAUGUCUUCCCUAUAAUUGGCGGUCGCAAGGUCGAGCAUCUCAAGGACAAUAUCCAGGCUUUGUCCAUUCGCCUUACUCCCGAACAGGUCAAGUCUCUUGAGGAUGUGGUCGCCUUCGACAUCGGCUUCCCUUCGAACUUCAUCGGCGUUGAUCCUAAAUGGACUGGCAGGAAUGAUUCCAUGAUCUCCUUGAGUGCGCCUCUGGCCUUCCCCACACCCAGCAAGGCUUUUGUCAAGGACAAAGAUGAGUAGAUAGGUACAUACCUACUGUGUUUACAUGCAAGUUCUGUCGAUCACAGGGGUGUCGAGAGCAAGGAUCUGUUGGUGUUGUUGAUAGUAAUUGCUUAGAAUGUACAUGCACA